UGCCAGGACAGGGAGCUACUCCUGAGCACUCUUCAAACACUCACCUGAAAACUGCAUCUGUUUUUUUUGUUAAAGGGUUUAGGAAAUUCGACAUAAAGACUGCUAGCAUGAACUCCGUCUUUGUUUAUGCCUUGUGUCAUAUCGUUGUGGGUCUGGUUAGCUGUACCCAGAUCCACCAAGAGGGAUAUUGCACCUUCUAUGAUGAGUGUGGCAAAAACCCCACUGUCUCCGGCAGCCUGAUCCCUGCAAUCAUCCCCUGCAAGUACAAUGGACCAGCCAAGGCAUUGGCGGGCCUCCACCUACAAAAGCUGCAGGAAGUCUGCCCCAUGUUAUACAAGGGAGUCGCCACCCAAGCAUGCUGCUCUUUAGAGCAGCUUAACUCUCUCCAAAAAAGCCUAUUACUCUCCAAGCCCAUCCUGAGCCGCUGUCCGUCCUGUGUCGAGAACUUUGUAAAUAUCUACUGCCAAAACACAUGCAACCCUAACCAGAGCCUGCACAUUAACAUCACCCGGACCUGGAAUGCCACCAUAAAUGGCGUCAUCAAAGAGGCCGUCAUUGAGUACCAGGCCUAUCUCUCACGUGAAUUCGCAGACCGCUCCUUCGACUCCUGCAAGAACGUGCGCAUCCCAGCCACAGGAGGCUUCGCCAUCGCAACCAUGUGCGGCAAAUAUGGCUCCACUCUCUGUAACACCCAGCGCUGGUUGGACUUCCAAGGGAACAGUGGCAACGGCUUAGCUCCGUUGGACAUCGACUUCCGACUGAUAGACAACGACACCCAAGUGGGGCAGGGCAUUGUGCCCUUAACUACCCGAGUGUGGAGCUGCAAUGAAUCCACCUCCCCAGAACAAGAUGCUUGUUCCUGUCUGGACUGUGUAGAGUCUUGCCCCAUAAUCCCCCCACCUGUUCCUGAUUCAGGGCUCUUUAAAAUCGGGCAGCUGGAUGGGGUGCUUGUAGUCUGCCUGGUUGUUUUCUGUGGCCUCUCAGUCUCCUUUGUGGGCUUUCUGCUUGUGUCAAACCUCUACAGUGGGCGGAAAUCUCAGAACAAGGAUAAGAACGGCAACGAGGUCAAAAAAGAGGUUCACCUUCACGAGGUGAGCUGCACUGAUAAAGCCAGCUUAGCUACUCAGGAUUUCCUGGGCUCCUUCUUCCAGAAAUGGGGGACAAUGGUGGCCUCCCACCCCAUCAAGGUAAUUCUGAUCUCUCUGAUUGCUGUUCUGGUUUUAUCUGUUGGACUGUUUUUUAUCAAGCUGACGACUGACCCUGUAGAGCUGUGGUCAUCUCCUAAUAGCCGUGCAAUGAAGGAAAAAGCUUUCCACGACGCCAACUUUGACCAUUUUUUCCGGACCAAUCAGAUCAUCCUAACAGCCCCCAACCACAAGGGAUAUACCUACAACUCCCUUCUCUUCGGCAGGCAGAACUUCAGUGGGCUGCUCUCCAAGGAUCUCAUCUUGGAGCUCCUGGAGUUCCAGACCAGACUGCAGGCCAUCCAGUUUUGGUCGGAUGAGGCAGGGCGGACCAUCAGCCUCAAGGAUGUUUGUUACGCCCCCUUAAACCCCACAAACCCUAGCCUGACUGACUGUGCCGUCAACAGCCUGGUGCAGUACUUCCAGAACAGCCGUGAAAACCUGGAGGCCAAAAUAAACAUGACAGUGAAUGGGCAGACUGGAGAGGUGGACUGGCGGGAUCAUUUCCUCUACUGCAUCAACUCUCCACUCUCCUUUAAGGACAUCACUGACCUUGGCCUGAGCUGCAUGUCAGACUAUGGGGCUCCAGUCUUUCCUUUCCUGGCUGUGGGAGGCUACAGUAAUGAGGAUUACUCAGAAGCAGAGGCCCUCAUCCUGACUUUCUCCCUGAACAACUUCCAGCGGGACACACUGGGGUUUGAGCUGGCUCUGCGCUGGGAGCAGAAGUUCUUGGAUUUGGUGCAGGAGUAUCAGAGGAACCCCUCCACAAACUUCACCUUUACCUACAUGGCAGAGAGAUCACUGGAAGAUGAAAUUAAUCGCACUACAAUGGAGGACAUCCCCAUCUUCAUGAUCAGCUAUGCAGUGAUCUUCGUCUACAUUGCCCUGGCGCUCGGAGAGUACUCUUCUUUCAAAAGUGUGCUGGUCAACUCGAAGAUCGUGGUGGGUCUGGGGGGAAUCCUGGUGGUGGGCUGUGCAGUUCUCUCCUCCAUGGGAUUCUACGCCUGGAUCGGGAUCCCCUCCUCGCUCAUCAUCCUUCAGGUCGUGCCCUUCCUAGUCCUGGCUGUCGGAGCUGACAACAUCUUCAUCUUCGUUCUGGAGUACCAGAGAGGCAAGCGAAAGCCGGGAGAGAGGAUGGAGGAGCAUAUCGGAAGAGUCCUGGGCAACGUGGCUCCGAGCAUGCUCCUCUGCAGCUUGUCCGAGUCCAUCUGUUUCUUCUUAGGGGCCCUCAGUACUAUGCCCGCAGUGAGGUCGUUCGCGUUGUACGCAGCCCUCGCCGUUUUCUUGGACUUCCUGCUCCAGAUGUCUGCAUUCGUGGCACUCCUGUCUCUAGAUGCCCGGCGGCAGGACAGCUCCCGCUGUGACGUGCUCUGCUGCAUUCCGGUGAAGAACACCACGAGGAUAAAGAAGAGCGACGGCUUCCUGCUUCCUCUCAUGAGAGAUUACUACGCUCCCUUCCUCUUGCAUAGCACCACCAGGAUCAUAGUGAUGCUGCUGUUCUUGUUCAUGUUCUGUGCCUGUUUCUUCCUGAUGUUCCAUGUGAGAGUGGGUCUGGAUCAGGACUUGUCAGUGCCGACGGACUCCUACAUGCUGGAUUACUUCAAGUACCUGUACAAGUAUUUCGAGGUGGGCAUCCCCACCUACUUUGUGACCACGCGAGGGUACAACUUCUCCAGCAUUGAGGGCAUGAAUGGGGUCUGCUCCAGUGUGGGCUGUAACAACAACUCCAUGACACAGAAAAUCCAGUAUGCCACAACAUUCCCCAAAGAAUCCUUUCUGGCAAUCCCAGCCUCCUCUUGGGUUGACGACUUUAUCGACUGGCUGAACCCGAUUUCGAAGUGCUGUCGUUUACACUCCUUUGGUCCCCAACAGGGGAAAUUCUGUCCGUCAACAAGCACCUCUGUCUGCUUGAGAAAGUGUAUGCCACUGGGUUCUGGCACAGUGAGGCCCACUGUUGAGCAGUUCAACCAAUACCUCCCCAACUUCCUGAGCGACCUGCCUAACCUACAGUGCUCCAAAGGGGGCCUGGGAGCCUAUGACAAAGCUGUUGUUAGAGGAGAGGAUGGAGAAAUAUUAGCCUCACGUUUCAUGGCCUACCACACCCCCCUCACCAAUUCAGAGGCGUUCACGGAGGCCCUGAGGAGAGCCAGGGAGCUCGCUGACAACAUCACCAGGAGCAUGAGGCAGAUUCCAGGCACAGACCCUGACUUCCAGGUCUUCCCUUACACGAUCACGUACGUGUAUUUUGAGCAGUACCUGACGAUCGUGAAUGAGGGGCUCUUCAUCCUGUCGUUGUGCCUGCUCCCCACCUUCGUGGUGUGCAGUAUCCUGCUGGGCAUGGACAUGCGCUCUGGCCUCCUCAACCUCAUCACCAUCAUCAUGAUCACGGUGGAUACCGUUGGGGUCAUGACCCUCUGGAGCAUUGACUACAAUGCCGUGUCGCUCAUCAACCUGGUCACGGCUGUUGGCAUUUCUGUGGAGUUUGUCUCUCACCUGACCCGCUCCUUUGCCAUCAGCACCCAACCCACCCGCUUGGAGAGAGCCAAGGAGGCCACUGCUAACAUGGGCAGCGCUGUGUUUGCGGGCGUUGCGAUGACGAACCUCCCUGGCAUCAUAGUCCUGGCAUUCGCCAAGGCGCAGCUCAUCCAGAUUUUCUUCUUCCGGCUCAACCUGGUCAUCACAUUGCUGGGGAUGCUGCACGGCCUGGUCUUCCUGCCCGUGCUUCUGAGCUACCUCGGCCCAGAAGUUAACAAAGCCCUGCUAUUGGAGCUCCAGCGCCAGGAGAGCCGGAGCAAUAAAGACAUUGAGAUCACUCAGAUCAGUGGCAGUAACUCCUAUUCAAACUAUGCUUUCGAGGACCACUAGAAAGACUCCCAGUCCAACGGACAUAUCAACAGCUGCCUUAAUUCACAGUUACAAGAGGACACUAAGCAACAGGCAAACUCACUUAAGCCCAGAGGACCUCAAAGUCUCCAGGUUGUCUGAUGGAUUAAAACAAUCUACUUUAGUCAUUCUGGUCCAAACUCGACCCACUAUAUUUGUUCUUCGUAGUCCAGCCAUUUGAGGCUAAGUAGGAGGUCAUGUGUUGUUCAUCUGUUUAUCCAAAGUUUUAUUUAAUAUAUACUAGACACUUGCAAUAAAAAGUGUAUGUCAUCAUAAAGUUUACAUUGGACGUUUCAAGAGCCCUCAUUUUAUGGAGCUGUGAUACUGGGGCUUUUUAAUUGCAUGGGCCCCACUUAUAGAGGCUACAGAGUUGAAAGGUUAUAGUGGAGUCACAUGGAUUCUUGUAAACCACAGACAAAGGGCCAACCAGACAAAGGUCUUCUCCAAGCUUAAAAAAAAAAUGAAAAUAACUCCCAGCUACAAUUUUUAAGUCUCAGGGUAUUUUUGAAGGUUGUGAAUAACACUGCAGUAACAGUUAUUAGAGAGUUUUCUGUUAAAAUGCAACAACAUAUUUAUAGGGCUGUGCAAAUACAUGGGAAAUCAAAGUUUUAAGUUAAGGUAUUAAUGAAAUGGAAUAAAACCGUGUUAAUUACACAACACAAGACCAGACCGUCCCUGGUUUGCGCUUGUCUGAAUCAAGAACAAUAGGACAGGGGUUACUAUAGAACCUGCUGAGAUUAAUCUAAAACCACUGCUUGUAUCUGUGAUUAUUUGUAUUAGCAUUCUUUUAUCUGUUUUGAUAUCAAAUUAUUUUGAUUUCACUUGCUGAUUUGCUCAUUUCCAUAGCAACGAUUCAUCCCCGCAGUGAACUGUAGAAUUGGAGUCCUGGGCCCCAUCUGAAGGAGAAUGAGAUUCCAAAGGGCCUCCAAAUCAUACAAUACUGAAGUGCACUGUCAGGGAUUGGGAGUAAAUUGUACAGAUGAAGACAAAUGAGAGAAAGGCAGCUUUGAAAUGAACACAUUUUUCAGUCUAGUUGUGAAAUGAACACGUAUUUCAAAGGCUUGUUUUGGUUUCCUGUAAUACCUGCCAACAAAAAGCCUGAGUAUUUGAUAUUGCACAAUGAAACAUGCUGGCAGCAGGGACAUUACUAUUGUAUCUAACUGUAGCACUGAGAUCUACUCGCAGGGGUGCUGGGAAUCUGUACUUCAAAUUCUGAGCAAUUUCAGGUUUUUAUUUUAUAAAUCUUUAUCAGAACGGCCAACUUGUACAAUGUAAAUGGGUUGUAAUUGUUUCUUUUUAAGUAUUUUGCAAAAAAUGUCAGUAUUUUAAAAUAACAUAAGCUGUUAUCAUAAAAAAUGGAAUUACAUGUACUGUACUACCAGAACACUAGAUUAUUAAACUGUCACUUUGUUUUUAUAAA